CUCACGUCCAGAAAUUCAACCACAGAUACCCAACGCUACCCUAAUGAGUCCCUGUCUAUGACAUUUAUUGAUUUUUAAAAUAUUCUCAAGUCUCACUGAGAUGAUACAUAUUCCACUCUAUCGACUGAGAGUUUUCGAUUCCGACCACCAGAUACCCAAGGGGACUUCUAUCAUAUAAUACAGGUUGCCGCGCUUGUGGAGGAGAAAGGGACAGCUAACCGUCCAGCCGCUAAAACGGCAUUAAUAAAUCUGAAUCGCCUCUUCCCCGCUCUCCGCCUCCCGACUGCGCAAAAAGUUCCCCAAGCCAUGACAGCUCGGAAUGGUCUGCUGGGGAAGGCCCCUAGAGAAACCAACGGAAAGGCAGGAGAGAGGAUAACUAGAGUCUUUCCCGUGCACAGCUUGAAUUUUUCAAUCCAGGACACGACGAAGACGCUGGUCGAAAAGUGGACAGCAGAAAAUGAGCGAGGGAAUCCGGAGGCCAAAGUUUUGCUUGAGGCGGCAGAAGCACUGCGCACGAGCGAUAUACCAGUGGCGUUCCCUACAGAAACUGUUUACGGGUUAGGCGCAGAUGCGACCCGGAGCGCUGCCGUUCAGGGCAUCUACAAAGCAAAGCAGAGACCGUCGGACAAUCCCCUCAUCGUCCAUGUGAGCUCAAGAGAACAAUUACGUCUCCUUCUAUCGCCAUCGGAUAGUUUGCGUGAUGGCAAAUCCGACUCGGGAACGAAGCGAUCUCAACAAGGAGGAGAAACGAAUCUCAUUCCCCUAAUAUACGAGCCUCUGAUAAGUAGAUUCUGGCCUGGCCCGUUGACCAUCAUCCUACCGAACCCAACACCUUCCCCACUCGCACCAGAGGUCACAUCUACGCUUCCUACAUUUGGUGUUCGAAUGCCAUCUUCUCCACUUGCGCGGCUCCUCAUAUAUCUCGCCGAUAGGCCGCUUGCCGCUCCGUCCGCAAAUGCGUCAACCAAGCCAUCCCCCACCACCGCUCAACAUGUAUAUACCGAUCUACAAGGGCGUAUUGAUAUGAUCUUAGACGGAGGACCCUCUGGCGUUGGGGUGGAAAGCACUGUGGUUGACGGGCUACUAUAUCCACCCGCCGUACUCCGGCCGGGAGGAAUUGGUAUUGAAGAGAUACGUGCCUGUCCCGGUUGGGAGGAAGUUCGAAUUGGGUAUAAAGAUGGCGCAUUGCAGGGUAAAGAGGUCCCGCGCGCUCCCGGGAUGAAAUAUAAACAUUAUUCACCAAAGGCCAAGGUUGUUCUAUUUGAAGCAGGUCGAGACCUUGAAGCUGUUAAAAGCAGGCUGCUCAGGGAUCUAGUAGGGCUUACUUGCCAUAAGGGACAGAACGGGGAUAAAGCCAAGCCUGACAUUCCUCGUGUGGGGAUUGUCAGGACCAAGUGCUGGAAGAAGGGAUUGGGCAUCCGGGGUAAUGAUUGUAGUGUCAGCAUUGGCGCAGCUGGUUCCGAAACACCGAGUAUUUCCAAUACCCCAACGAAUCCAUUCAAUUCCUCUUCACACGUAACUGGCUACCAAUCAACUUGCCUUCGACUCCUCCCGUCUAUAGAGCUCAACUUAGGCACUCCAAUCGAGCUAUUCGAUAUCUAUAUCGGCCCAGACACAGAUUCUAUUGCACGGGGUUUAUUUUCUGCCCUACGCGGUUUAGAUGAGAAGAAUGUUUCCAUCAUAUAUGUUGAGGGCAUUUCGGAUACUGAAGGCGAUCUCGCAGCUGCGAUUAUGAACCGGCUGCGAAAAGCGGCUGAGGAGGAGAUUCGAGGAUGAAAUUGGGCAAAUAUUUUUCAUCAUCCCCGUCUUAUCUCCUCUUGGUAUUCUUUCCUCCACGUUGAUAGACAACAAAUACAUAGAUUUUUGGUUACAGUUUUGCACCUCUAACAACGUAGUUCAUGAUCAUGUGCAGUGCAAGCAUCCAUACACGUUAUCAUGCUGAUUUAAGUUAGACCACGCCCUUCGUAUCUUUCAUAUUUGGAUUCAAAUGAUAAUUUGCCCCUUGGUAUAUACUGGAGUAUUAUACACAUAGAUAUUUCCAUCUCUCGACGUAGCCAAACAUUCCCAUUCUUACUAUUUACCUCCUUUACCCUUCCCACCCUUCCCACUCUUCCCACCCUUCCCUCCACCCUUCCCCUUCCCGACCUUAUCGCCGCCACCGCUACCACCAGAAACAAUCUUGACCUUGCCUACAGGGAGAGUAUUCAUAAUUUCAGCUUCUCUCCACCCCUUAAUAAGCUCCAACUCCAUCUGGACCAACUGCUUAAGCCCAUGAGUGGCCCCAUCACCUCCUUCACUCUCCUCCCCAUCCAACCGUUCGUUGUUCGCAUCUACUUCAACCACCUCGACCUCACUCUCAUCUUUCCAUUUCCGUCUCCCUUUCCCUUUUUCCAAAGCAUUCACAGCCGCAGUCGCAUCAACAACCCACUUCCCACAAAUUUCCUUGACAGCCUUUCCCUUCUUGAGAG